AAAAUCCAAAAUUUUUUGCUUCUUUUCUUUUGCUUAUUUUAUUUUAUAUAAACCACUCAAUGGUCCAUGAUCAUAGAACAAGAAGGAAAAGAAGAAGAAGAAGGCAAUAUGAAUCAAACGAAACAAUCGAAAGUACUAUCCAUGGAGGAACGACGACGAGCCAUGAAGGUACGCAAACGUAUCAAGAAAAAGUUACGAAAACAACGUGACAAGUUGUCUAUCCAUAAAAAGAUCAUGAAUUGUACUACAACAGACGGACAAUUAUUGAACGAUCAAAAUGAACAUCAACUACCUCUAGAGAACGAAGGAAAGCAUAAUCAAAAUAAAGAUCCUCUUCAAGAUCAGAUUGACUACAUUAUACCAGAAAUAGAUCUUACACCUAUGGCGAAGUUUGGACAAAAUACAGUUGAUCAAUUUUCUAAUAUUAUCAAGCGUUUUGAACUACCUAGCAAUAACAAGCAUUAUGAAGAACCAGUGGAGGAAAUUCACGUCAGCUGUGACAAGGAUUAUGUUUCUGAAAACGACACCUCUACUUCCAGCAAAAAGAAACGGAAAAAAGCACAACAGUAUACUUUGGACGAAUUAAAAAUGUUGGCAACAGUUCCUAAAGUGGUAGAGAUCUGGGAUACUACGGCACCAGAUCCUUUAUUAUUGGUGGACUUGAAAUCAUAUCGUAAUACUGUACCUGUUCCUGGUCAUUGGCGACAAAAGCAAAAGUAUCUUUAUCAAGAUCUCUCUGAAGACAAGCCUCCAUUUGAACUGCCAGAGUUUAUCAAAGACACUGGCAUCAUGGAAGUACGCGAUAAUUUGAAGAAACAAGAGCAGAAGAAGCGACAAAAGACAAAAAAACGAGAACAACGAAGACCCAAACUAGGCAAAAUGGAUUUGGAAUAUCAGGCUCUUCAUGAUGCCUUCUUUAGAUUUCAGACCAAACCACAUUUGACUCUUCAUGGUGAUCUGUACUUUGAAAGGAAAGAAAUUAAAUCAGCAUUUCAAAACAAGAAACCAGGUCAGUUAUCUGAUGAACUGAAGGAAGCUCUAGGUAUGUCAUCUUCUCCUACGAUACCACCACCUUGGCUUUUACAAAUGCAGCGAUAUGGUCCUCCUCCAAGUUAUCCUUACUUGAAAAUACCUGGGUUGAAUACUCCUAUUCCUGAAGGUGCUCAAUGGGGUCUACAAAAGAAUGGUUGGGGACUGGUUCCUGUAGAUGCUUUUAAUCGCCCACUUUAUGGUGAUGUAUUUAACACAGACAAUUCAUUUACUGAAAAAACUACAAAGGACGUGCAAGUGGAUGUGGAUAGAACUCUUUGGGGUGCUCUGGAAGAAGAAGAAGAAGAAGAAGAAAUAGAAAGUGAAGAAUCUGAAGAAGAUAACAACGAUAAUGACGUACCAGCAAUUGCAGAUCAGCCCAUUGAAACCAUGGAUACGGCCAUAGUGGCACCUAUUGACAUGGAUGUAGGUGCGGAAUUGAAAACUGGCAAACAGAAAGCUUUAUCUUCUAUUAAAUCCAAUAACGGCAGUUUAUUAAAACUUUACGAUAUUAUACCCUCACGACCGACAACGGAGAUUUCUACACUGAUGAUGGGAUCACAACAUGUCUAUGAUAUACCUUCCUCAGCAGUAACGACAUCGCAACCCAAAAAGUAUAUUGGACAAACAUCAUGGAGCAAGACGGAAGAUGUAAUCAUUUCAUUGGAUCCAAGUGAGUUGACCGAUAAUCAUGGAGGACUGGACAAGGCAACCUUACAGGAAAAAUACCAACAAGCACAGCAGGAACAUAUGCCUCAAGGUGUGGGAGAUCAAGAACUCAAGGUCAUGUAUACUGAUCAUGCUAAGCGACAAGCCAAGAAAAAAAGACAGUUAGAAAUUAGAAAUAUUGACAAGAAAAAAGACUUUAAAUUUUAGUUUAGCUUUUUUCAGUUUAUUAUUGUUUCUUCAAAAUAAAUAAUCAAUUUCUGUUAGAAGACAAUAAAAAAAAAAAAAA